AUGGCCCCCCAGCUGUGGGAGCCAGGACCAGCAGACGGUGGCAGACCCCCCUCUCUCCCCACAGAUAAUGCCAUGGAGGGGGGGGCUCAGCAGAGCAGCCUCUGGGAGCCCCCCGAGCAGGAUGGGGCUCCUGGUGAGCGGGAUGGGGGCGAGGGGCCACCCGAGGUCAAGCGCUCCCAACCCCUCUUCAUCCACGGCAGCAGGGGCAGCCCCUCCAACUCCCCCAUCCUGAGCAGCCCGGCCCUGGGACAGGCACCCCCUCGUGAGGGCACCCACGUGGUGAAGGUGUUCGGUGAGGACGGCGCCUGCCGGUCUCUGGAGGCGUCAGCGGCCACCACGGCGCGGCAGCUCUGCGACACCCUGGUGCGCAGGACGCGGGCGCUGCACGACCACAGCUGGGCCCUGGUGGAGCUGCACCAGCACCUGGCGCUGGAACGCUGCCUGGAGGAUCACGAGUCGGUGGUGGAGGUGCAGAGCUCCUGGGCCCCGGGUGCCGACAGCCGCUUCGUGUUCCGCAAGAACUUCGCCAAGUAUGAGCUCUUCAAGAGCAACGCGCAGUCGCUGUUCCCCGAGGUGAUGGUGUCCAGCUGCCUGGAGGCCAACAAGAGCAUGGCACACUCCGAGCUCAUCCAGAACUUCCUCAACUCUGGGAGCUGCCCUGAGGUCCAGGGCUUCCUGCAGCUGCGGGAGGCAGGGCGCAAGGUCUGGAAGCGUUUCCACUUCUCCCUGCGCCGCUCGGGGCUCUACUACUCCACCAAGGGCACCUCCAAGGACCCCCGGCACCUCCAGUACUUCGCUGACCUCACCGAGUCCAACAUCUACUACGUGACGCAGGGCAAGAAGCUCUACGGGACGCCCACCGAGUUUGGCUUCUGCAUCAAGCCCCACAAGGUGCGGAGCGGCGUGAAGGGCCUGAAGCUGCUCUGCAGCGAGGAUGAGCAGAGCCGCAGCUGCUGGAUGGCCGCCUUCCGCCUCUUCAAGUACGGGAUGCAGCUCUACCGUAACUACCAGCAAGCGCAGGCACGACUGAGCCAACCCCCCUGGAUCGGCCCCACCCCCCUGCGAAGCGUCUCGGACAAUGCCCUGGUGGCCAUGGACUUCUCGGGGUGCACAGGCCGGGUGAUUGAGAACCCCAAUGAGGUGCUGACUGCAGCCCUGGAGGAGGCACAGGCCUGGAGGAAGAAGACGACUCACCGGUACAGCCUGCCCGCAGCCUGCCACAGCUCCCCGCUCAGUGCUGCCAUCCACCGCACCCAGCCCUGGUUCCACGGGCGCAUCUCCCGGGAGGACACCCAGCAGCUCAUCGGCCGCCAGGGCUUGGUGGACGGGGUCUUCCUGGUGCGGGAGAGCCAGCGGAACCCCAAGGGCUUCGUGCUGUCCCUGUGCCACCUGCAGCGCAUCAAACACUACCUCAUCCUGCCGAGCGAGGAGGAGGGGCGGCUCUACUUCACCAUGGACGAUGGGCAGACGCGCUUUGCCGACCUGAUCCAGCUCGUGGAGUUCCACCAGAUCAACCGCGGCAUCCUGCCCUGCAAGCUGCGGCACUACUGCACCUGUGUGGCCCUCUGAGCACCCACCGGGAGGGUUUGGCACAGCCUGGCAAGGCCAGCAUGGCAGGGUUUGGCUCAGUCUGGCACUGCCGGCGUGGCUCGGCACAGUCUGGCACUGCUGGCAUUCUCUGGCUCAGUCUCACUGCUGAAGUAGCACGGCUUGAUGCAGCCCAGCACCACCAGCAUGGAAUGGUUUGGCACAGCCUGGCACCACUGGGAUUGUUCGGCACAGCCUGGCC